UUCCUGAAAUAACCUUAAAAUUCUCAAAAACAAACAAGCAGGGAUAACUGAUAUAUUAAUAUUUUUUUUACCAAUAUAAUGAAGGAUUUGUUAGAGAAAUUAGCGAGUGCCACUAGAGAUCACAGUGACGAUGAUUGUGACGAAUCUGAUCAAAGCCUGGAAAAAUGUGAAACCGAGGAACUUGCACAUUCUACCCAUUUAUGCCGUACGUGUUUGGAUAAUGAAGAGUAUGUAACGCAUAUAUCCGCUAACAGUGAAUCUGAUCCAAAAGUUGCGAUAGCUUCAUCUAAUGGAAGUCUCACAGUUUAUACCUUAUCCUCGAAUUUCUGUGUUGACCUAGAACUGAGCAAUAAUUCAAAUCAUAUAGUAGAACUGAAAUUCGAUAAAUUUGAUAAUAAUUUGUUAUGGACUGCCACACAUGAUGGGACCAUUAACCAAUGGGAUUUGAGAGCUCCCACUAAAGCUGUGUCAUGUUUCACAGAUACAUCCGAUGAUGAGAAGAAUAAAAAAUUCAAUUGCUUUGAUGUAUCCUCAUGUGGUAGACUACUUUGUGCCGGAACUGAUAGAUAUGAGGAUGAUUCUUUUCUUUUAUUUUGGGAUAUAAGGAAAUCUCAAUUGGCCGGUGGAUUUUGGGAAUCACAUAUGGAUGAUAUUACUCAGGUUAAAUUUCAUCCAAGCGAUCAAAAAAAAAUGUUUUCUGCAUCUACUGAUGGACUCAUUAAUGUAUAUGAUUUGAGUCAAACUUGUGAAGACGAUGCAUUGGUAGAUACUUUGAAUACAGAGUCGUCGAUCGAAAAAAUAAGUUGCACAGAAAUAAAAUCCAAAAACCUCAUAAGUUGUAUCACACAUACAGCGGAUUUACAAUUCUGGAAAGAGGAGGAUGUUCAACCUUAUAUCAGUUUGAGCAGAAAUGAAAUGGGAAAAAUACUGAAGAGGAAGUCUGCUGAUAGCCUGUACAUUGUGGAUGUCCAUUCAACGAGUAAAUCAAGUUUUGCUUUAGUGGGCUGUGGUUCCAAGAAUGUGAGGGGGUUGAUACUUGAUGGACCCUCAAUGAUGCCAUCAUUUGGGCUUUUUGAAAACCAACAGAGGUUAAAGUGUAGCUGGUAUAACGAUAAUACCAAACUUUUAUUGACAGGAGGAGAGAAGGGGCAAAUAGAUGCUUGGAAGGUAUAGGUGAUAACUCAUAAUUUUUAUUGAGGAAUAAACAAUUGUUAUUUUUA